GGAAUCCGCCCAAGCUCAAGUUAAAUCAUCCUCCAGGGAGCCCACUCUGGAGUCUCUGGCUGACCCGGUUUCUACUGUUAGCAGGUCCCACCCCGCUGUCCCGGUGGCCCUAUGGUGUGCCGGAGCUCGUUCGGGCGCAGGCGGAGGCGGCGCCGGAGGCCGCCCGGCUCCGCAAGCGCUUUUUCGGUCAAGGCCAUGGCUCCCCGAUUGCAGCUGGAGAAGGCGGCCUGGCGCUGGGCGGAGACGGUGAGGCCCGAGGAGGUGUCGCAGGAACACAUCGAGACCGCCUACCGCAUCUGGCUGGAGCCCUGUAUCCGAGGCGUCUGCAGAAGAAACUGCAGAGGCAACCCCAAUUGUUUAGUUGGAAUUGGAGAGCACAUUUGGUUAGGAGAAAUAGAUGAGAAUAGUUUUCAUAACAUUGAUGAUCCCAACUGUGAGAGGAGGAAAAAGAAUUCAUUUGUUGGCCUGACUAACCUGGGAGCUACCUGUUAUGUCAACACCUUUCUCCAAGUGUGGUUUCUCAACUUAGAGCUUCGACAGGCGCUGUACUUGUGCCCAAGCACCUGUAGUGACUACACAAUGGGUGAUGGUGUCCGUGGAGGAAAAGAUUAUGAGCCUCAGACAAUUUGUGAGCAUCUACAGUACUUGUUUGCUUUGCUGCAAAACAGUAACAGGAGAUACAUUGAUCCUUCAGGAUUUGUUAAAGCCUUGGGUUUAGAUACUGGACAGCAGCAGGAUGCCCAAGAGUUUUCCAAGCUCUUUAUGUCACUGUUGGAAGACACUUUGUCCAAACAGAAGAACCCAGAUGUUCGGAACAUCGUGCAGCAGCAGUUCUGUGGGGAAUAUGCCUAUGUGACUGUUUGCAAUCAGUGUGGCCGCGAGUCUAAGCUAUUAUCAAAGUUCUAUGAAUUGGAGUUAAAUAUCCAAGGCCACAAGCAGUUAACAGACUGCAUCUCCGAAUUCCUGAAGGAAGAAAAAUUAGAAGGAGACAAUCGAUAUUUCUGUGAAAACUGUCAAAGUAAACAGAACGCUACAAGGAAAAUUCGACUCCUAAGCCUCCCUUGCACUCUGAACUUGCAGCUGAUGCGUUUUGUGUUUGACAGGCAAACCGGACACAAGAAGAAGCUCAAUGCCUAUAUCGGUUUCUCUGAGAGUCUGGAUAUGGAACCUUACGUGGAGCACAAAGGUGGGUCCUUUGUGUAUGAACUCAGCGCGGUCCUCAUCCACAGAGGUGUGAGUGCUUAUUCUGGCCACUACAUCGCCCACGUGAAAGAUCCUCAGUCUGGAGAAUGGUAUAAGUUCAAUGAUGAGGACAUAGAGAAGAUGGAAGGAAAGAAAUUACAACUAGGGAUUGAGGAAGAUCUAGCAGAGCCUUCUAAAUCCCAGACCCGUAAACCCAAGUGUGGGAAAGGAACUCACUGUUCUCGAAAUGCGUACAUGUUGGUUUAUAGACUGCAAACCCAGGAAAAGAACCACACAAUGGUUCAAGUCCCAGCCUUUCUUCAAGAGCUGGUAGAUCGGGAUAACUCCAAGUUUGAGGAGUGGUGUGUGGAGAUGGCCGAGAUGCGCAGGCAGAGCGUGGACAAAGGCAGAGCGAAGCACGAGGAGGUGAAGGAGCUGUACCAAAGGUUGCCUGCUGGAGCUGAGCCCUAUGAGUUUGUCUCUCUUGAAUGGCUGCAAAAGUGGUUGGAUGAAUCAACACCCACAAAACCUAUUGAUAAUCAUGCUUGCCUAUGUUCCCAUGACAAGCUCCAUCCAGAUAAAAUAUCAAUUAUGAAGAGAAUAUCGGAAUACGCAGCUGACAUUUUCUACAGCCGAUAUGGAGGAGGUCCAAGAUUAACUGUGAAAGCCCUUUGUAAGGACUGUGUUGUAGAACGCUGCCGUGUUCUGCGGCUGAAGAGCCAAUUGAAUGAAGAUUACAAAACCGUCAACAAUUUGCUGAAAGCAGCAAUGAAGGGCAAUGAUGGAUUUUGGGUGGGAAAGUCUUCCUUACGCAGCUGGCGCCAGCUGGCUCUUGAACAACUAGAUGAGCAAGAUGGUGAGGCGGAGCAAAGCAACGGGAAGAUAAACGGGAGCCCCUUCAAUAAAGAUGAAUCAAAAGAAGAAAAAAAAGAAGAGGAGGAGGAAUUAAAUUUUAAUGAAGACAUCCUGUGUCCUCAUGGGGGGUUAAGCAUAUCUGAAAAUGAAAGGAAGCUUGUUUCUCAAGAAGCUUGGAACAAACUGCGGCAGUAUUUCCCAAAGGCCCCUGAGUUCCCAAGUUACAAAGAAUGCUGUUCCCAGUGCAAGAUACUGGAACGGGAAGGGGAAGAAAAUGAAGCCUUACAUAAGAUGAUCGCAAAUGAACAAAAGACUUCACUUCCGAAUUUGUUCCAGGACAAAAAUAGACCGUGUCUCAGUAACUGGCCAGAGGAUACGGACUCUCUCUAUAUUGUGUCACAAUUCUUUUUAGACGAAUGGCGGAAAUUUGUUAGAAAGCCUACACGGUCUACUCCUGUGUCAUCAAUUGGAAAUGCUGCUCUUCUGUGUCCACAUGGAGGACUCAUGUUUACAUUCCCUUCCCUCACCAAAGAAGACUCUAAACUCUGUCAACCUUUAGAGAGAAGAGAAGGAGGCUGGCCCACUGCAGCACAUAAUAAUAUAGCUCUCAUAUGGCCCAGCGAGUGGCAGAUGAUUCAAAAGCUCUUUGUUGUGGAUAAAGUCAUCAAAAUCACGAGAAUUGCAGUGGGAGAUGCAAGCCCUCCUGAAGUACAGUAUAUUUCUGAGCCUAAUCUCUGUCCAGAUUGCAGAGAAGGCCUGCUGUGCCAGCAGCAGAGGGACCUACGAGAGUAUACCCAAGCCACCAUCUAUGUCCACAAAGUUGUGGACAACAAAAAGGUGAUGAAGGACUCAGCUCCAGAGUUGAAUGUGAGUAGUUCUGAGACAGAAGAGGACAAGGAGGAAGCUAAGCCAGAUGGAGAGAAAGACCCUGACUUUAAUCAAAGCAAUGGAGGUACCAAGCGGCAGAAGACAUCGCAGCAGAGCUACGUGGCCUACCAGAAGCAGGUCAUCCGGCGAAGCACGAGGCACAGAAAGGUUCGAGGAGAGAAGGCACUGCUGGUGUCGGCUAAUCAGACCUUAAAAGAACUGAAGAUUCAGAUCAUGCAUGCAUUUUCAGUCGCUCCCUUUGACCAGAAUUUGUCAAUUGACGGAAAGAUUUUAAAUGAUGACUGUGCCACUCUUGGUACCCUUGGCGUCAUUCCUGAGUCUGUCAUUUUACUAAAGGCUGAUGAACCAAUUGCAGACUAUGCUGCAAUGGAUGAUGUCAUGCAAGUUUGUAUGCCAGAAGAGGGGUUUAAAGGUACGGGUCUGCUUGGACAUUAAUUUCUGCCCACCUGCUGACUGCCAAGGAAUAACCACAAAGGAAGAGGAAUUUCACAUGUUAGGGCAUUAAAGAAAAAGUGAAUUUAAGAAUUAAACUAUUACCUGGCUCUUCCAAAAGGCAAAAAUCCAUUUAAAGAGACUGUCCCAAUUGCCUUAUGUCAAUAAAGCAGAUUGCACUGAUGGACAUGAGACUUGAAGGAAAUGUUUCAGAUGAUUUUCUAUUUAAGUGGUGGUGGGAGGGAGAGGGCGAGUAAGCAGAGUAGCAGUAAGAGUAAAUCAUGUUUACACACGAUAUUAGAGCCACGGGCGGGAGUGAAGUCCUGCCAGUUUCAUACAGAUGCCCUGGUCAGUAGUGGAUUUGUGUGGAAGUGCAUGGGAGAUAGCAUCCCGCUCUGCACUCCAUGACUGUCUAUAGAGACAACGACCUGCUAACAAUACCUGUCUUUGACCCAUACUCAUCUCUGAAUAAGUAAAGCAUGAAAGUGAAGAAUUUGCCACCGUGGGACGUGUCUUCAGAGCUCUAGUACUUCAGGUCAGCCACAGCCCUGCCGCCUGCUUGCUCUCUGUCAGUGCUGGGUAGAAGGGGGCCUCUGCUUUCCUCCUUCAACCAGGCACUGUCUCAGUUUUCUUCCAACCUUUCAGAGAUGAUGGGAAAUGUUCAGUGUGUGGCAGCAAAGCAAAUAUUCCCUGAACAUUUGAAGAACAGGAUGGAAGAGCCGGCUGGACCGACGCUCCAUGGGGCAGCACAGGGCCCUCCCUCCUCCGGCUUCACUUUCCUCGGACCUCUCUUCUCUCUGAAAAGCAUUCUCUGACACACUUUAUAGAGGGGCAGGGUGUGCUUUCUUAUCCAACUCAGGAUUACUGUUGGUAGUGAAUAGUCUAAGCAUCGUCCAUAUCCGCAGGAACAGGUUUGAAUUGAGGCUGGGCUUGGGUUGGGUUGACUGGCUUUUUUCAUUUUCUCUAUCAAGUAGGUAUGGGUAUGUUUGUGGCCCAGAUGCUGAAACAGGCCCUUUUUUGUUUCUGUUUUUAAAUCUUUGCUUAAUUAACAUAAAAAAGAACUGAUCUCAACAUUAGCUGCAUCUUUUGGUAGCUCUGUCAGUGCUUAUGGCUGCUAGGUAAAAUUCCCAGUGUGGUGUUUGUAUUUGCAAUUGAAGAAUUUGUGUACUGGAAGAGGUGAAGAGCCCUGUGCAGGGCCAAGAGAGCCACACAUCUCCCUGGAAAGCUACCCUAGGAGCACCUGCCUGUGAAUACCGUGACUCAAGUGACCCUGGUUUCCAGAUCUGUUCUGAGCGCCACAAAAACAGGACCAACCUCACUCAGAAGUGCUCACUCUUUCCCAAGACCAAGAUGCUUAAAAAGUCACUGAGCAUUUGGCAAAUGACCUUUAUUGUCCUCACGAAGAAUCCUGGAGCUUGUGGCACUGACAGAGCCUCUGCAUCACAGACAGGUGGUGGUGGGGAUAAGUGACAGAAAGAAGUUGUUUGUUCCCCUCUUUCCUGGGAUUGGAUGUGUACCAUUUUUCCCAGGUUGCAGGGACCGCCUCUUGGAAGGAUUGUGGCAUACAAUGUUUCUUUACACCUUGUUAAGAAAGCAACAAUCAUCAACCCUUGUUGGGCAGAUGUAUAUGGGGCAGACCAGUCAGCAAGCUGUUUCCACCCCGAACCCGGACAACCUCAACACCCCUCACUGCAGAGCCUUACCGGAGCUGCAGCUCAAGCCCCAAAACAAGGCCAUUCCCAAGCAGCUUGAGAUCCCUGGGCUGUGGCUUCUUCACAGCUUGAAGUAGACAAAUUCUGGAGAAUAUGCACUUGUGCUUAAUAGCUGCCAUGUUCCUGCUUCCUAAUAUGUGCUGUUUGGUUGUCUUCUGAGAUGGGAUGGAUGGCCUUAAAGCAUAGGCUAGCUGUUCUCCUGGGCUCUGAAGCUGCCUUCAGAACCGGCAUUAAACCAGAUUGUAACACUCCAGGCUUCUCCUUUGUAUGUUUCCUGUUUCUUUCCCAGACAGGGAGGGUCUCCUGUAACUCAGGCUGACCUCGGACUCACUGUGUAACCAGAAUAACCUUGAAUUUCUGCUCUUCCUACUUUCUCCCAGGUGCUGGGAUUGCAGGCAUGGGGCCACUGUGACAGGCUUCAUAUAUGCUGAGGUCCAAGCACAGGGCAUAAUGCAGACUAGACAAACAUUCUACUUAGUGAUCUACAUCCUCAGCUCUCCCCUUGAUAUUUCUGAUCAUUCUUUAAUCCCAUGCAAAUGUGUAGAGUCACCUAUGCUGAAACGGUUACCAGACAUAUAGGCUAUCAUUUGAUGUCUUCAUUCCUUGAGAGAGAGCGCUUUCUUUUCUGUAUUUAUGGACUUUAUUGUUGAGAAUCACUGUCAACCUUUCUGCCAAAUUAAAGACACUUGUGUCUCUGUUUCCACA